GUAAUUCUAAGUUUGUGGUUGGUCUGUGACUUGUCUUGGGUAGGCAAGUAGUAUAGUAUAGUAUUCAUUAUAAAAUGGCUUCCCAGGUUUGUCAAAACUAUCACCAGGAUUGUGAAGCUGCUGUCAACAAGCAGAUUAACCUGGAGCUCACUGCCUCCUAUCUCUAUCAGUCUUUGAUGUCGUACUUUGACCGGGAUGAUGUUGCCCUGCACCAUUUCUCCCACUUCUUCAAAGCUCAGUCCCAGGAGAAGCAGGAACAUGCAGAAAAGCUGCUGAAAUUCCAGAAUCAGCGUGGAGGCAGAGUCCUCCUGCAGGAUGUGAAGAAGCCAGAGAGGGAUGAGUGGGGUAACGGUCUGCAGGCAAUGCAGGUUGCCCUGGAUCUGGAGAAGAAUGUGAACCAGAGUUUGCUGGAUCUACACCAACUCGCCACUGCCCAGACUGACCCUCAUCUGUGUGACUUCCUGGAGACCCACUAUUUGGAUGAGGAGGUUGAGAUCAUCAAGCGACUUGGGGACUACAUCACCAACCUGAAGCGUCUGGGAGCUCCUGAGAAUGGGCUGGGAGAGUACCUGUUUGACAGGCUCUCGCUGGAGGACAGCAGUUAGUGGGGUCUGGGGUACUGUCUGCUUUUGUCUGAAUGCAUUACUGACUUCACCUGGACAAUCUGGCUUCCCCCACUCAGGAGGUGCAUGUUGGCAAGAAUGUAAUGGCUAUACCACCUGAAAUGGAAAUGAAUAAAAUCUUGCUUAUUGUCCAUCAUUCAGGCCACUGAUACUUCACUUGAAUUUGUUUGCAUCUCUGGAGAGCUUGACCAACAUUUUGCAAUUUGGUUCCUCACUGGACUAAACACCACACUAAAUGUCUCUCUUCUCUCUCCCCACACCCCAUUGGACAGGAUAACUAGAUGGGAGUUCUGUGACAUGUCUAAAACUCAAGUUCCCCUGACAAAAACUUGAAUGAGAUUGGGGAUUGCAGUCUUGUCAAACCUUUCUUUUGUCCAAGAAUUAUACCUUCCUGGACCUGAUGGGUACAAUUGUACCCAUGGAAACUUUGUGCAAGGAAGUUUCCAAACCACCUCAAGAUCAAGUCCAGGCAUCCAUUUCUAUAGACAUCCCACAUCUUUAAUUCCAUGUUCACUUCCAGAUUUGCCCAUCAAAUGUUCACCUCCACAUCAAUGUCUUUAUUCACUUUGGCAGUACUCCAUAAAUGACUACAUGAUCUGGGUGACAAGAUCUG